AUGGCGCCCACAGCAGAGCCGGAGUACACCGUUAUCGGUGCCUGGACUCGAUAUUCCAGCUGGACUGCCCGCGUCACAACAAUUCUGGACUACUAUGGAAUUCCAUACAAACCAGUUUUUGGCUCUCUAGGAGAGACCACGGCGCUCUCUCACUCCGGCCUUGUUCCUGCUCUUAGCGCCCGCUCCCUUCAAAAUGGCGUGCAGGUCAACGACUCACUCGCCAUCCUCGAGUUCCUCGCCGAAUCCCACCCUGAACUACCGUUUUGGCCCAAAGACCGAGUUCUGCGUGCUUUGGCUCGUAGUGCUGUAGCCCGUAUGCACUCUGGUCUAUGUCGUGCACUUCAGACUACGUUCCAUACAAAUUUUCUGGGAAAAUAUACCGGCAAUGUUCCCAUCGGUGAUGAUGCACUUGUGGAAAUAAAAAGAGUUCUUGCGCUAUGGGGGGAUCUGAGAAAGAAAACUGCCGAGCGGCUCAGGGAGCUGGGAGAAGAAGAUAAGGGGUUUUUGUUCGGCGAGUUUGGUAUUGCGGAUUCUUUCUUCUGGCCAGUAUUGUGGCGAUUCCGCACGUACGGAUUCCCACUUGAUUCAGCUUCUCCUGAAGCUCUGGCCUGGAUGAAGCAGAUGUGGAGUGACCCAAAGAUGAAGGAGGUCCAGCACGAUUAUUAUCUCCAGAGCAAACGGCCUGAGACGGUCAUAUCUGUGUAUGAUGAUAUCUUUAAAUACCUGCCGGGCGUGCAGUACACUUGGUUCUCAGAAGAUUGGACAUUCUCUGCAUAG